ACUUCCGGGUGAGUGCAAGGGGAGGGCGGCAGGGAGGGGGGCCACCCACUGCCUCGCGCCCCCGCCCUGCGGGUGUCUCGCGCGCGUUCCGUGCGUGUGAGUGUGUGGGUCUGUCUCGCGCCAGCAGUGCGUGCCCGCGCGCUGCGCCUCGCGCUUUCUCCCCUCCCUCGCCCCUUCCUGGUCCUCCCACCCCACUCGGCUCCCUCCUUUCCCAGCAAACGCCGCCCCUCCGGCGCUCUGGCUCAGGCUCUGGCGCCGCCGCAGCCGUCGCCGCCCGGUGAGUCUCGCGCCGGUACAGCCGGCGCGCGCCAAGCUCCCUGCUCCUCCCCCCUCCCCUUUUCCUUGGGCAGGCAAGGAAGGGGGGGUCCACGAUGUGACUGUGUGUGUGUCCGUCCCGGAACCGGAAGUGGUUGUGGAGGAGCGGGCGAUGGGGAGGAAUGGGGGGGGUUUAGGGGGCGGGUGCCUGUCUGGUGGGUGGCAGAGUUCAGCUCCCUGGAGGGGAAGGAGGGACGUCCCAAGGAAGGGUCUUUGAGAAAGGGAUAGGGGACGACAUCAGGAGAAGGCUCCCAGGAACUGUCUCAGGGGAGCGAAGGUUUUGAGGGGACAGCUGGGGUCUCCAGUAGAUAGACCACGGUGCAGGCUGAGGGAGGUACUUCUUGGCACAAGGCCUUGGGUAGGCAGGGGGCGAAGUCCUCGAAGAAGUAGGGGGAAGGCUAGAGGAAGUGGCUGGGCCUGAACUGGCACUGUGCCUGACACAAGGGCUUGUGCAUCCCCCAGCCCUCAGCUUUGCCUUCUGAAGCCACUCCUCAGGGGCAGAGACCCUCCUCCUUCUCCAUCUCUUCUGUUCUCUGACCCCUGGUUACCUGUGGCCUGGGAAAGAGCAAGGACCAGUCUCUGAGCCUAGGAGUGGAACCCAAACGCUGAAAGUUCAGGAGCCCUGGAAAGGAGAAGGAAUAAGACGGCAGGAGGAAGAGAGAGAGAGGGUAGAAUGGAAGAAUCUCACUUCAAUUCUAACCCGUACUUCUGGCCUUCUAUCCCCACAGUCUCAGGUCAGAUUGAGAACACAAUGUUCAUCAACAAGAUGAAGGAUCAACUGUUGCCAGAGAAGGGCUGUGGUCUGGCUCCACCUCACUACCCCACCUUGUUGACAGUGCCUGCCUCAGUGUCCCUGCCCUCAGGCAUCAGUAUGGACACAGAGUCCAAGUCAGACCAGCUGACCCCACACAGCCAAGCGUCCGUUACCCAGAAUAUCACAGUGGUCCCUGUGCCGUCUACAGGACUGAUGACUGCUGGAGUCUCCUGUUCUCAGAGGUGGAGAAGAGAAGGGAGUCAAUCAAGGGGUCCGGGUUUGGUAAUCACGUCCCCCUCAGGCUCUCUUGUGACCACAGCAUCAUCAGCUCAGACCUUCCCCAUUUCGGCUCCCAUGAUUGUCUCAGCUCUUCCCCCUGGCUCACAAGCCCUGCAGGUUGUCCCUGACCUCUCCAAGAAGGUAGCAUCGACCCUAACCGAGGAAGGAGGUGGAGGUGGUGGUGGAGGUGGCAGUGUGGCUCCUAAGCCACCCCGGGGCCGGAAGAAGAAGCGGAUGCUGGAAUCAGGGCUGCCCGAGAUGAAUGACCCUUAUGUCCUCUCCCCUGAGGAUGAUGAUGACCAUCAGAAAGACGGCAAGACCUACAGGUGCCGGAUGUGCUCACUGACAUUCUACUCCAAGUCGGAGAUGCAGAUCCACUCCAAGUCACACACCGAGACCAAGCCCCACAAGUGCCCACAUUGCUCCAAGACCUUCGCCAACAGCUCCUACCUGGCCCAGCACAUCCGUAUACACUCAGGGGCUAAGCCCUACAGUUGUAACUUCUGUGAGAAAUCCUUCCGCCAGCUCUCCCACCUUCAGCAGCACACCCGGAUCCACUCCAAGAUGCACACGGAGACCAUCAAGCCCCACAAGUGCCCGCACUGCUCCAAGACCUUCGCCAACACCUCCUACCUGGCCCAGCACCUCCGUAUCCACUCGGGGGCCAAGCCCUACAACUGUUCCUACUGCCAGAAGGCCUUCCGCCAGCUCUCCCACCUCCAGCAGCACACACGAAUCCACACUGGUGAUAGACCAUACAAAUGUGCACACCCAGGCUGUGAGAAAGCCUUCACACAACUCUCCAAUCUGCAGUCCCACAGACGGCAACACAACAAAGAUAAACCCUUCAAGUGCCACAACUGUCAUCGGGCAUACACGGAUGCAGCCUCACUAGAGGUGCACCUGUCUACGCACACAGUGAAGCAUGCCAAGGUGUACACCUGCACUAUCUGCAGUCGGGCAUACACAUCAGAAACAUACCUUAUGAAACAUAUGCGCAAACACAACCCUCCUGAUCUUCAGCAACAAGUGCAGGCAGCAGCAGCGGCGGCAGCAGUGGCCCAGGCCCAGGCUCAGGCCCAGGCUCAAGCUCAAGCCCAGGCUCAGGCUCAGGCUCAGGCUCAAGCCCAGGCCCAGGCCCAAGCCUCCCAGGCAUCACAGCAGCAACAGCAGCAGCAGCAACAGCCACCACCACACUUCCAGUCUCCUGGGGCAGCCCCCCAGGGUGGGGGUGGUGGGGACAGCAAUCCCAACCCUCCACCCCAGUGUUCCUUUGACCUGACCCCCUAUAAGACGGCGGAACAUCAUAAGGACAUCUGCCUCACUGUCACCACCAGCACCAUCCAGGUGGAGCACCUGGCCAGCUCUUAGAGAUCCGUGCUGCCACCCACUGGGAAGAGGAAGAAGUAGUCCUGGUUUCUUCUUUCUCCAACUCCUCUUGGUGGGAAAAGUCCUUUUCUUCCUUGACAGGCCUUGGCUCCAUCUCCUUGGGCCUCAGUCACAGCUUUCCUUCACAGGAUACCAUCCUUUUUCUGAACUCUUCUUCAAAAGGAACAUCAGCCCUCCUGAUUGCAAAGGAAUACUGAGCUGAUGGUGUCAUCCAGCAGCCUCCCCUCCCAAGCAAAGCUUGUAAAAUUGGGGGUUGGUGCUCAAGGGAAGGAUUUGCUAUGACCUCAUAGAAACUUGUCCAGUGUGGUCACUUACCCUAUCCUUACCCUCCUUAUCCUCAAAGUUUGGGCUGAUGUAAGACUAGAGGCUGGCCCUCCCAGAUAACAGAGAAGAGGGAGCCCCAGAUGCAACCAGCCUCUUGUUCUAUUCUUGCCUGCAAAAGAACAGAGGUUUCCCAAAUGCCUGAGUCCCUGAGAGCCAUUUCUUCCCCUACAUCGUCUCAUUUCACUUCCUAUUGACUGCUGGUAGAAGGAGAUUUGGGGUUGGGGCUAGACCUCCUUUUAUUUGAAGGGGGCGAGGGCUGAGAUGUGGUCCCCAAGGGGCCAGAAAUUCCCAAGUUGGUCACAGGUGGCUGAGAAGUGUGGGUUAUGGUUUUACGGAUUUCCUUGGAGCCUCUCUCCUCUGCCUACAAAGACCCUAUACUCUCAGUCUCCCCAACCCACCCGCCAAGGAGCUGUGGGAGGCUUUGUGUUAUCUGUGAAACUCCGAAACAGGGGUGUUGCGGAGAAGGGAGAGUUCAAGGCAAACACAGGGACUGGACUUAGCUCCCUAGGUGCCACGGUCAGAUGCCGGACACGGAUUUAUAUAUAAAUAUAUAUAUAUAAAUAUAUUAUACCCACUCAUCACGGCCAUCUUUGUUGUAACCAUUUAUGUGUUUAUAAAUGCAUUAUCUCAGAAUUUU